AUGGCUCCACCAUUUGCAAUCGAGAGCAAGGCCGUUAAUUAUUUACGCGCCAUUCCCACGAUCAACCUUCGAAAAAACCCCCACAAUCCAAACCUUGCCUUGCAGCUUGAGGAUAUCCAAAUUGAUUUCCACCUGCGCAGCUAUGGUAGAACUACUCAGUUUGGAAUCACAGAUACGCGGCAUCCAAAGGAACCUCAGUUCGACCUCAAGCUGAGUGUCAUAACAAAUGAGACAGGCGAUAGGACUUCUCCCCCAUUGUCUCCAGCCAGCGAAGACGCAGCAACUUCACCAAGCGAGAUCGCCAGUAAAAGCUACAAUGCUAAACGCCAAACCGAAAUAAGAGUCUAUCUUCGGUUUAUUAAGAAAGGCCAUGAAACCAUCAAACAGCUUGAAGCUUUUCAUCAAUACCGCAAUGAAAGGGGUAAACUCAUAUUGGCCCAGUUUUACAGGCUUUGUGACGCUGGCACUGUGAAACAAUUUCGUGCUGUUUAUAACGCCCAUCAAGGACGGCCACCCGAAGCAUUCUUGUGGAAACUCUAUCACGGGGUUAUUGAUGCUCUGGCUUUCCUUCACAAUGAUCAUCCGAAAACAACCACUAAGCUAGGUGUUCCCAAAGACAAAAGUUUUGCAGAUCUGACGGAGGAACAACAGAAACUGAUUACAAUGGAUCCCAGAAGAGUCCGGCCCAUCGAUCAUCUGUACAGUGGUGAAUUUGAAGCUAUGCUUCAAAGAUCCUUAGUGCUUGAUCACAAGGAAAGACCAUCCGCUAGAGAAUUGUUACAAGAACUUCAAGGUCCGGCAACAGAAAGAGGGCUCAAUAUGAACUUGUUCAGGGCAUUGCCUGAAUGGAUUGGAGACGAAAUUAUCCCGAGGAAGAUAAAUGACUUUGCAGAAGAACAUGUUUUCUCCCAGAAAAGGCUCAAGGAAUUACUUCAACCAGGUGGAUUGGAAGCAGAGAAAUUAUUACAACGGAAUAAAAUAGCAGCCAAGAAAAAAGAAGUAGCUGAAAAGAGGAAACGAGAGGCGGCACGAAAUUUGCUGGGUGACGAAAAUCCAACAGCAUUUGAGCUAUUUUACGAAGAAUGGCUACCGAGAGAGAUAGAGAAUGGGAAUAUCCUCGAUAGGGGAGAAGACUUUGAGUGUCUCGAAUACACAGAUGAAGUUACCAAAUACAUAAUGGUCAGGCGCAGAGGAAUAGAAGCCGGAACUUGGGUUGAUCCAGGCCCAACUUGGCAAGAAGUAGAGAAACUUGGAAAAGAACCUGAGGCUGCCCCGGCUGCUCCCCCACCUUGA